CCUGUUCAUUUAGUGUCAUUUUACAAACAAUUUAGAUUUUAAAAACCCACAAAAAUAUUGUUUUCUUAAAUUUUAUAUAUUGUUGUUGAAUUUCAUUAUUGUUGUUAGUGUGUAUGUAAAAUUUUCAAGAAUGUCUUUCGUGAAAUGUUGUUUCGAAGCUGGGGAAGGACACGAUUUUUUGGAAUCUUUUGUGCAGAAAUGUACCGACCCGGGAUGUUGCUGCGGGUGCUGUUCGGCGCUCCGGCCGCGGUACAAGCGCCUCGUCGACAACAUAUUCCCCGCGUCGCCUCAAGAGGGCCUGGUCAAAGCGAACAUGGAGAAGCUGACCUUCUACUCGCUGUCCAGUCCAGAGAAGCUGGAUAGAAUUGGAGAAUAUCUCUUUCAGAAGGCUUCUAGGGAUAUUUAUCGGAGAAGACAUGGUUUCGUAAUUAUAGCAAUGGAGGCAAUGGACCAGCUCCUCGUGGCAUGCCACUCGCAGACUCUCAACCUCUUCGUGGAGAGCUUCCUCAGGAUGGUACAGAAGUUAUUAGAGUCUACUGACCCGCAGCUUCAAAUUCUUGCUACGCAGAGCGUGAGUAUCUUUUAA